GUUUAAUCUGAAUAAAGAAGUAUCUAGAGUAUGUAGAUAAUGGUUUCAAUUGGUCUGAUGACAACAAUAGGCUUGGACGGUGUCCCUCCUGUCUUACUGUCACUUCUAUAAAUGGUCAUGCACAACCUUCUCUCAUACGGCCGCACGGAGCUCAGGAGAAGACAGAGACUACCGAUGAGUCCUGGUUUGGUCAUUUUUGACAGUUCAGGUGCUUGACUGAAGAUCAGUUUCAACACAAAGUAAUGAUUUUUAAAAAUAGUUAUGUCUUUUAAAAAAAACGCCCACAUUUUUUCAAGAAAUCAAACAUUUUGAUUUAUGGCACUCAACAGCUCUGCGACCAGCGGAUCUCCUGUGAAAACAAUUACUACUCGAAUUCUGAUUGUUCAGGUGUCAAUAGCAGUUUUUCUUAGCAUUAACUUUUUACUGAUUUCCACAUUUUUCAGGAAGGAUACAUUUUACACGACCAUGCGUUAUAUAUUAUUCGCUGUGACUCUGCUGGCUGACUGUCUGUUUCUAAUCAUGAGCAACGCUUUGCUUGUGUCAGCUUAUUUCAAUUUUACCAUGCAGAUUUGGCUGUGCUGUAUAGUGUAUACUAUUCUGUCUGUGUACGCUCUUGUCACACCUAUCACGCUUACAGUAAUGUCGCUGGAGCGCUACGUGGCCAUCUGCAUGCCCCUGCGGCACGCAGAGCUGUGCACCAUGCGAGGUGCUGUGCAGCUCAUCCUCAUCAUUCACAGCAUCAGUGCUGUUCCCUGCACUGUUAACCUCUCCAUCUUCUCUGCCACAGUGUCUUCAAACUUGUACUCCAAUAGCAGACUGUGUUUUAGGGAGAUGUUUGUUUUGUUUCCCUGGCAGGAUCAUCUGAACUCAGCUAUGAACCAGUUCUACUUCUUGAUCAUGCUCUCCGUCAUCAUUUUCUCCUAUGUUCAGAUCAUGAAAGCAGCCAAAGCGGCUUCGGGAGAGAAUAAAAAGUCCACAUGGAAAGGUCUCAGAACUGUUAUUCUUCAUGCUUUCCAGCUGCUGCUCUGUCUCAUCCAGCUGUGGUGUCCUUUUGUAGAAGAUGCAGUUUAUAAAAUUGAUAUGAGUUUGCAUAGAGAUAUAAGGUACUUUAACUAUGUCACAUUUUCUCUUGCCUCCAGAUGUUUGAGUCCUCUUAUUUAUGGCCUCAGAGAUGAAUUGUUUUUUCAAGCAUUGAAGUCAUAUGCUUUUUGUCGCCUGUAUAGAAAAUCGCCUGUAUAG